AUGUCUUCCUCAUCAACAGCAUUAAUCAAGCAUCUUCCCAGCCGUCUACAGAAACUGAGGACAUUCACCACCCCAAAAACCAGUACCAAGUCAAAACGCCCGCUGUCAGCUAACUCCAGCAUCGACGAGUCUAGAGCUGACUCCAGAAAAACUCGUUGCGAGGAUCUCUCCAGCUUCACAGAAGAUCCUGAGCUCUCGCAUCUUGACUCUCUCUCCAAAGAAGCUGUCAGCUCUAAACUCCGUGCUGCUCUCGACCUUGCAAAGGCCCAACACGACCACAUCGCCAAGCUGGAAGCUGAGUUGAUUAACGUUAAACUAGCUUUCGCGGACUCGAUGACCCUACGAUACAUGAAUCAGCAAUCGUCAUCUUCCAAUCCGCCACCUUCCAGUGAUACUCCACUGCCGUCCACAUCGACUUACUCUCAAGCCGUAAAAGGCCGUCAAGCACCCGUUCUCGUUGCCAGCUACGCCGCAUCUGCAAAGCCUGCUGAUCGCAUAUCUCUCGCCGGUAUGGAGGAGCUGCUUGGUUCCAGUGGUGGUGGCCCUGUUCCUGCCUCUGUCAGACAAAAAGACAACAACAUCAUCGUCCGAUUAGCUGAUCCAGCUGGCCUCGAUCGGGCCAAAACCAUCUUGGAAUCCAAAGCCGGACCAGACAGUAUCAAUGUUUUUAACUCUGUUUCACGUCCAUCUAAAUUUUCCCGGCUGUUGCCCCUUUUUGUCAAUCUUAGCUAUCUACCCAGCCUUAAAAAAGAGUUGAUGUUAAGGAAUCGUGGCCUGAGAGGAAAAAUUGAGUCUGUGUCCCAACUGUUCGCCAAACCUGACUCCAAAAAAGGCCAUGUAAAAAUUCUAUUCAACUGCAAGGUAGCCAGAGAUCACGCUCUGGCUGAAGACCGUGAGGUUCGUCGCUGUUUUAAAUGCCAAGGUUAUGGUCACGUUCAGGCAUCCUGCCGUGACCCUAACCCAAGUGCACCUGCUCAAGCUCAAUCUCGAGCUCCAAAUUCCACUCCCCACAUCUCUCGUAUUCGCCUUGAUAAAUUUCGCCUAAAAGUCGCAGAUGCUGUGAGGAAUCUUGUAGUGCAAACUAAUCCGACUACCUCCACUAUCGAUGACAUGAUUGUAAAGCUCUCUGCCCUCAUUUCCUCUGCUGCCAAAAGCUCUAAGAGAUCCUACCUACAUUCCUGUCUCCACUCGCAGAACGCCUUGGUGGACAAAGGAACUCUGGGUACUUCGUCACAAAUCCCGACAGGCUUUUACAUUAUGAUGUCAGCUGAAGCAAUCAAUAGGCUAACCUUGGACAAAUUCAAAUCAGGAAAACCAGUUCUUGGCAAGUCUGGUCAGGGCGGUGGUCGUCGUAGUUCAACAGAAGUCAACAAGCCUGAACAGGACGACAAAUUCAGACCUUCCAGAACUCCCACACUGGUGACAAGUUGCGCAAGUGGUGUGGGGGCAGUCAUGUUAAAGUCCGGUGCCCGGCUUUUUGGUAAACAGUGCUCUAAGUGUUGUCUCGACGAGUAUGUGAUCAAUUCGCUGAGUGGUCAACAGCAAUCACAGUGGAGCGUUGAUUUACUCAUGGCUGGUUAUACGGUGCCUUUCAAGGUUGACACUGGAGCGUCUUGUAACGUAAUUCCGUUGUCCUGCUUCAACAAAUUAGGACACACGAAGAAGCUCUUGCCUGGUCCUCGAGUUCGCACCUACAAUGGACAGUCCCUGCAUGUGCUGGGACAACUGGAUGUUACUAAGCAGGUCAACGAAAUCGUUGUGGACUCGCCGUCGACCAAUUUGCCGCCUGCGUUCCAAAAUUACAAAGGUGUGUUCAUUGGCAUCGGUAAAUUGUCCAUCGAACACGAGAUCAAGUUGAAAGACAAUUGUGUCCCAGUUGUGCGUCCUCCCCGCCGAAUUCCGUUCAAGAUUCGUGAUUUGGUGAAAAAGAGAGUUGGACGACAUGGAACAGCUAAAGUUGAUUUGUAA